UUUAUUUGAAAGUUUUAUUAGUUGGUUUCGCGGAUAACACAUCACAUGACAACAGCCUGCACAUGACAUUUGAUAGCCGCUGUACAAGAGAAGGAAGUUUGUGUUGGAACAUUAGGAGCUCAGACACUUUCAACUUCUUUUGUGACAACUGCAGAUGAUGUCAGCCUUCUGGUUAGCAGCAGUCUCUGUGCUGCUUGUGGCAUCUAUGGCACUGGGACAGGAGAGGGAUGUAAAAUGUGAAAAUGGGAAAAGUUGUCCUGAUGGUACUACUUGCUGUAAGACGGCCAAUUCAGAAAUUGUCUGUUGUCCUUUUCCUUCGGCAGUUUGCUGCUCAGAUAAAAUUCACUGCUGCCCUCAGAAUACCAAGUGUGAUGUCUCAAAUGGUACAUGCAUACAGAAAGAUAAUAUCCUUCGGUUUCUAAGUAAAGAAAAGACUGAAGGUGUGAAGAAAACAAAAGCUGCAUCAUUGUCAGUACCUGGGGACACCUAUAAUAGACCUAUUCACAUACUCAGUUCUGGUUGGCAGCAGGCAGAAACAGCCAUGGAGGAGCUGAGAGAAAAAUGGACUACAUGUCCUGAUGAUGUCUCUGAAUGUCCUUCUGGAAAUACAUGCUGCAGACUUAAGUCAGGUGUCUUUGGAUGCUGUCCAUUUGAAAAUGCUGUAUGCUGUGCAGAUGGCAUCCACUGUUGCCCUGAAGAUUUUCACUGUAAUGAAACACAAAGAAUAUGUAAUUCCAAAAAGCUGGGUUUCUCUAUGAGCUGGAUGGACAGAAAGCCAAUCAGAGCUCGUCCAGUUGUGCGAGACACUGCCAAUUUGACAUGUCCCAAUAAUAAGACUGUUUGCCAGCAGAAUGACACAUGCUGCAAUGCAACAAGUGAUUUUGGAUGCUGUCCCUUGUCUCAGGCUGUGUGCUGUAAAGAUAAUGCUCACUGCUGCCCUCGUGGAUCUGUGUGUGAUUUGGUCAACAAACGAUGCAUCGCACAGGACAACUGGAUACAGCCAAUGGUGGAGCGUCAAGUAAAGAACCCUGUGACCACUGUCAAAGUAAGCCUAAAGACAAUGUUUUUCUUGCCAAAGGCUAGUGGGGUUUGGUGCCCAGAUGGUCAGAUGUGUCCAGAUGGUGAGACAUGCUGUCAGAUGUCAGAUGGGUCAUAUGGGUGCUGCUGUUUCAGUGAUGCUGUCUGCUGCAGUGACCACAUCCACUGCUGUCCUCAUGGGUUUCAGUGUGACUACGCUAAGCAGGGCUGUGUUGGAGGUUGGGUGAUUGCAAGAUGGUCUAAACUUGUACAUCCAACGCAAAGUAUCAAGCAACAUACUCAGGUUCCUACAACAGUGACUUCUUCUAAUAUCUUGUCAAGUAAAUAUACAUCAAAAAUAGUGUGUCCUGAUGGUGAGACUCAGUGCCCGGAUAAUAACACUUGCUGCCCAACAACAUCUGGAGAAUCUGGCUGCUGCCCUUUGCCACAGGCUGUUUGUUGCUCUGACAAAAUACACUGCUGUCCAGCUGGUACAGUCUGCAAUCUAACAUCGUCAACUUGUGAUGCCAAUCAGCACUCAAAACAGCAGAUAGGAAACCAGCCUGUAGAAAAAGUGCUGGUCAUUGGAAGUGUUAUUUGCCCUGGGGGUCAGUAUGAAUGUCCAGAUGGAAAUACCUGCUGUCCAAUAGGUGAUCAGUAUGGAUGCUGUCCCUUGCCAAAUGCUGUCUGCUGUUCUGACGGAGAACACUGCUGCCCCCAAGGAUAUAAAUGCGAUGUUUCUGCUGGACAAUGUAUUAAGGGUGAGCAGUCUGUGGCCUGGCACAAGAAGAAACCAGCACUUGUUAAGGAAUCACUUGAGCCGCAAUGUCCUGAUAAGAAAACCGGGUGCCCAGGUGGUCAGACAUGUUGUCAGUCAAAAUCAGGAGACUGGGGCUGUUGCCCUCUGUCAAAUGCCGUAUGCUGUUCUGAUGGGGUUCAUUGCUGUCCUCAGUACUUCAUAUGUAACUCUACAACAGGAAAGUGUGAUGCAAGGUUAUUCUCUGUUGCUUGGUCAGAGAAACAACUUUCUUUUAAUAAGCAGCCUGUAGGAAAUGUCAUCUGUCCUGAUGGACAGUCUGAGUGCGGCGAUGGUCAGACUUGCUGUCAGCAAAAGGAUGGUACUUGGGGGUGCUGUCCAUUACCAAACGCUGUCUGUUGUACUGAUGGCGUGCAUUGCUGUCCACAAGGCACUACUUGCAACCUUUCUACAGGACAGUGUGAUAGCGCUCAGAUCUCUGUUCCUUGGCAGCAAAAGCUGGCAGCAAUCAAACAGAUUUCCACAGAAAAUGUAAUCUGCCCAGACAAGAAGUCAGAGUGUAGUGAUGGUCAGACAUGCUGUAGGAUGGGAUCAGGACAGUUUGGUUGCUGUGGUGUGCCAAAUGCAGUAUGUUGUCAAGACGGCUUACACUGUUGUCCCCAGAAUUACACAUGUGAUGAAACAUCUGGUCAAUGUCAGUUAAAUUCCAUCGAUUCUAAUCAGGUCUGUCCUGAUGGAAAGUCUCAGUGUGAACAAAGUGAAACCUGCUGUCUUCUCACUUCUGGCUCAUAUGGCUGCUGCCCCCAUCCUUCUGCGGUGUGCUGUGCUGAUCACUUGCAUUGCUGCCCACAGGGCUUCACCUGUGACACAGCCAAGGGUCAGUGCCUUCAAAGUGGCAUUGUUAAGCCCUGGGUGCAGAAGAAACUAGCACAGCCCCUACAUUAAGUCAAGGCAUCUUGAUGCAUAUCAUGACUGUCCAGGGUGCAAUUGGAGAGGUUUCUUUUUUUGUGUGGAUUGGUCUGAAGUGGCUGUUAAUAUGAAAAGCAAAAUUUUUUGUACAAAGACUUUUCUAUAAGCAUUCCAAGAAUAUUUUGUGCAUGUGAUUUCUUGAAAUAAAUGUGAUAUGUUUGCUA